CUCCGACGCCGUAUUUUAUUUCACCUCAUCUCAGCGGUGGACACGACCACCAGUGCCUCCAGGAAUUCUGUUCUUUUUUUACUCUUUAUCUUCCAUUCCUGCCCUCUGCGGACGCUCUCCGGAGGAUUUUGUGGAGUGGCUCGACCAAGUUCCCCCCAUUCUGAGGAAUGAGAGCACUGCUGCAGAGGAAGAGCCCCAACUCGCUGCUUUGAAUGAACAAAAGAAGAGAAAGCGAGGGUAUUACCGCCGGAAUGGAGGAACAUGCUCUGCCAGGAAAGACAUCUCCCUGCUCACUUCUAAACAUGGACCCCACGAGGCCGGACCCAGAGGGAGAGAGCAGCCCCGUGCCCACAGAUGACACCCGAAGGACGGAGUCUCCAGCGAGGAAAUCCACAGACAGACGACUGGCUACCCCCACGAAGGCCGAUGUCAUGUCGCGAUCACCUGGAUCACCGGCUUCACCCGUUCCCCGGUCAAAAAAAGACAUCAUAAAAUCAGAGGAGCGACAGAAGCUUGCAAAGGAGCGCCGGGAGGAGAAGGCCAAAUAUCUUGAAGAGCUCGGCAAGUUUCAAGCUGCCAAAAAGACCCAGUGGCUGGAGAAAGAGGAGAAGGCACGGCAGCUCAGGGAGCAGCAGCUGGAGGAGCGCCGCAGGAAACUGGAGGAGCAGCGGAUCAAGGCCGAGAAACGACGAGCAGCCCUGGAGGAGAGGCAGAAACAGAAACUGGAGAAGAACAAAGAACGCUACGAGGCAGCCAUCCACAGGUCAACCAAGAAGACGUGGGCAGAGAUUCGUCAGCAGAGAUGGUCGUGGGCCGGCGCACUGAGCCAGAACUCCAGCCAGAAGGAAAGCAGAUGCUCUCUUUCAACGGUCAACCUGCCCAAACACGUGGACUCUGUUAUAAACAAACGUCUCUCCAAGUCCUCCGCCACCCUCUGGAACUCCCCCAGCAGAACCCGUAGCCUUGCUCUGAGUCCCUGGGAGAGCAGCAUAGUCGACCGGCUGAUGACGCCAACACUGUCUUUCCUCGCUCGGAGCCGCAGUGCUGCCAGUGUCCUGAGCAAUGGCAAAGACGGUCACUCUCCUCUCUGCCCUCGCUCAGCCUCGGCCAGCCCCCUCACCCUGUGCGCCCACCAACCCCACCACCGCUGCUCUGACCGCUGGAGGGUGACGUCCAGCACACCGGAUAUCGCGCAGCGUCAACAUCGACGGAGCUCCACACCUAUGGAUAAGAACAAAAAAGAAAAGAGAGACAAAGAGCGGGAAAACGAGAAGGAAAAAAGUGCCAUCACUAAGGAGAAAGUGCUGAAGAAGAGACAGUCUCUCCCCAGUAUGAGACACAGACCUGAUCCAAGUCCCAGUCCUUUAUCAAGACAACGGCCGGCAUCCCCAGCCACGCCUAAGGGAAGAACGGCCUCCCCCAGCCCUGCCGCCUCCCCGAGGCCUCCGUCAACACGCGGGAGUCCCUCAACCCCUAAAGCCCGGCCUAAAAGAGCCAGGACCCCUGCAAGGAUAGACAACCGGAACUCCUCUCCUGUCCCGCUGGAAAGAGUGAAGGAGUCCCGAAGGCCCGCCACACCAGAGAGAAAGAGGUCUCCGGUGGUUCCCGUCGUAGCAGUAUCCUCCUCCACCGCCACAGCAGCACCUGCACCGAGCACGACGCUCACGGCCGCCAGCGCUGCCUCUUCCUCCCCCGAGCCGGCCCAUCCGGCCGCCUCUGUCCGAGCGGUGUCGCCCGCUCCCUCCCCGUCGGGCAAGCCCAUGGCCGGCACCAACGACCCGGAGGAGGCGGCCCGCAUCCUGGCGGAGAAACGCCGGCAGGCCCGAGAGCAGAGGGAGCGCGAGGAGCAGGAGCGCCGCGAGCAGGAGGAGAAGGAGCGGAUCCUGAGAGAGGAGCGAAUAGCCCGGGAGGCUGAGGAGAGGAGGCGCAGGGAGGAGGAGGCUCGAGCCAUGGCUGAGGAGCAGCGGAGGAGGGACGAAGAACAGCGGCUGCAGGAGGAGAAGGAGGCUCAGGAGAGAGCCAAAGCCGAGCAGGAGGAGAACCUCCGCCUGCAGAAACAGAAAGAAGAAGCUGAGGCUCGGGCCAGGGAGGAGGCAGAAAAGCAGCGCCUGGAGAGAGAGAAGCACUUCCAGAAGGAGGAGCAGGAGAGGCUGGAGAGGAAACGGCGUCUGGAGGAGAUCAUGAAGAGGACACGCAAGACAGAUGGAGGCGACAAGAAGGAGACGAAGACCUCCCCUCCCACUCACGGCAACGACAAACAGGCGGAGAGCAGCAAAGCGUCUGCUGACUAUCAGCCAAAGCCAGAGGUCGCCCUGCCCAAUAAUAAGGAAGAAAAUGGACAAGCCAAUGUGAAGGAAAGCGGCGUCUCGGUCCAAGUGGUUAAUGGAGUGCAGCCUUCCAGACACGAAAACGGUCUGUCCACUAAAGGAGACUCCGCCCACUUUGAGGACAUCAUCCAUCUCAACCACGGCAACAGCACCAACGGCGGUCGGGAGAAGUCCGACAGCUGCAUGGCCUCUGAGCCCAUCCUCUCGUUUGAAAGCGAGGAUUCAUUCAUGAAAAAGGCAGGCCCGAUGAAGCCUCAGCAUGUCGCAGAGGUCCUGUGACAUAUUUCAGGCCCGAAGCGCUCGUCGCCUUAUCCCACUGACCUUUCCUAACCCUGCCAACGCUCGCACGGCGAGCCCCGCGACCUGUGCCAAUCGACUACACGUCUUCUGAGCUCCCAGGAGGAAACUGGCUUCUCUCUGAAGAUGAAGAUGACGACCGAGCGUCAGGACACGCGCAAGAGACAGAA